GUGUUUGUGAGACACGUGAAGAAUGCGAGGCACUUAGCGAAGUUAGCCUGGUGGAGACAUUAGGCCGAGUCGCGUUUACAUGAGCGCGUUUGACACGGCGAGGACCACGCAAGUUAUUUGUGUCUAUAGCUUUGCUAACCGAUGUGGCCAGAAAUGUAUCAGUGGGAGAGGCCCGUCUCAGCCGACCACUCCCAAUCAACACACCUACGUCUGUGUACUGGUCAAGCCCUCAUAGCUCUGCCCAUUGGUGACGCCACACUCCAGAUGUUAUAAGAGCAGCAAGCAGGCGGCGGCGUGACAGCCAGAUGUCAUGUGGUGCGGACGUCUGCAGAGGGCACUUCGCUCUUCCUCUCGCUGCGCCGCCAGCGGACAGCAGGCGGGCCUCCUCUUUGACGUGGACGGCGUUCUGGUCCGUGGAGGUUCUCUGAUCCCGGCGGCUCGACGAGCCUUCAGAAAGCUCCUGGACCAGAACAAGAACUUCCUGUUUCCCGUGGUGUUUGUCACCAAUGCAGGAAGCUGUCAGAGACAACAGAAGGCACGGCAGCUGUCCCGCCUGCUGGACGUCCAGAUCGCCCCAGAGCAAGUCAUCCUGUCCUACAGUCCCUUGCAAAUGUUGAGGAGCUUCCAUGAUAAGUGUGUCCUGGUUUCUGGACAAGGACCAGUCCGAGACAUCGCCAAUACAUUGGGUUUUCAGAAGGUCGUCAGCAUGGAGCAGCUCAGAGAACAUCACCCCCUGCUGGACAUGGUGGACCACAACAGGAGACCCAAACCAUCAGCCAAUCCUCUGCAGAAGUUGCCCCGAAUUGAAGCCGUGGUCCUGUUUGGUGAGCCCGUCCGAUGGGAGACCAACCUGCAGCUGCUCGUGGAUGUCCUGCUGACCAAUGGAGAUCCUGGUUCGGCUUACGAGACGCAGCUGUCGGCACAACUGCCGGUGCUGGCGUGCAACGUGGACCUGGUGUGGAUGGCUGAAGCUCCAUCUCCACGGUUCGGUCACGGAAUGUUCAUGCUAUGUCUGGAAUCUGCGUACAAAAAGCUGACGGGUCGAGAGCUGCAGUACCAGGCGCUACUGGGAAAACCCGGUUUGCUAACGUAUCAAUAUGCCGAACACGUAUUAAGACUGCAGAACCAGAACCGCAACUUGACUACCAUCUACGCCAUUGGUGACAACGUCAUGACUGAUGUUUACGGCGCCAACCAUUACCAUCGCUACCUGGCUCAGCAGCACACCGCCAUGACGCCACCCGCCAGAAUGAUUGCCCAAAGAGCGGGACUCCAGCUGAAGAUGGCCGUGGAGGAGGAGCUGCCAUCUGCUGCAGCUCAGUGUCGCUCCAUAUUGGUGUGCACAGGUGUCUAUAGCCCCGCCCCUGACAAGGAGAGCUGCCGCUUCAGCCAGCCCGUAUUCCAUGCUCACAGGGACAUGGUCGUGGAAGCGGAGCUAGCGGAGCCGAACUAUGUGGUGGAAGACGUGGAAGCCGCCGUCGACCUGGUGCUUCAGCUGCAGAGCUCCGCAACCUGACCUCAUUUCCUGUUUUGCACUGAAACUGACUUUUUAUUCUCAUUUAAUUGCUUUUUAUGUAAAUUUCUUAGAAACUAACAGUGUUGCUAAUGUGUCACUCAAACUGUUUGGACUCAAUAGGUCUUAUUUAUUUAUGUCAGUGAUAAAAAAAAACAUGAUCCUUCCUAUUGUGAUAUUUUUUUCAAUACAAACAUUACAACUCUUGUGAUAAUAUAAUGUUUUUUGUGUAUGUCAAUCAUACUUCUGGGUUCAAUAAAGAACUAUGGAA